AUGGCGAGUGAAGCAGGAGAAUCAAUCAUCCCAUCUGAACCCGAUCAAGGGCAAGAGGAACAGGAGCUGGACUCAGCCUACGGCGAAGACACCGCAAGUGAGACUGUCUCGUUGACGUCUUCCAUCACCAAAUACCGGUUUGAAAAUGGACGGCGGUAUCACGCAUACAACGAUGGCGCAUACUGGGGUCCCAAUGAUGAUGCGCAGAACGACCAACUCGAUAUCGCACACCAUAUUUUCUUCCUACUCUUCGACAACAAGCUCUUUCAAGCCCCCAUCGGCUCCAGCCCUCAGGAAGUGCUCGAUGUGGGCACCGGCACCGGUAUCUGGGCCAUCGACUUCGCCGACCAAUUCCCCUCUGCAAUUGUAACCGGGACAGAUCUAUCGCCCAUUCAACCCGACUGGGUCGCGCCUAAUUGCCGCUUUGUGAUCGAAGACUGCACCGGGGAAUGGAGUUUUGCUCCGAAUCGUUUCGACUAUAUCCACGUUCGCUGCCUUUUCGGGUCGGUCGCAGACUGGCCCACCUUCUAUCAAGAAGUGUAUGCACACCUGAAACCGGGAGGGUGGUUCGAACAGGUCGAGUACAGCGUCGAUUGGAUUGCAGACGACGAUUCGAUCCCGGAAGGGCACAUCUUCCGUAAAUCCUCUGCGCUGUACAUCGAGGCCGGGGAAAAGAACGGGAAGACAUUCAGGAUCCUCGACCUCCAGAAGGAUUAUGUCCAAAAGGCGGGUCUUAUCAAUGUGACGGAGAAGCGAUACAAGAUGCCACUUGGACCGUGGGCGAAGGACAAGAAACUAAAGGAGAUUGGACGAUGGCAUCUCUUAGAGGCUAAUCAAGGGCUCGAGGGAUGGACAUUGGCACUUUUUACGCGCGUUUUAGGCUGGACUCUUGACGAGGUGCAAGUAUUCAUGGCACAGGUGCGACAAGGAUUCAAAGACAGAAGCGUCCAUGCAUAUACGAGAGUCUCUGUCGUCUAUGGGCAGAAGCCGCUGAGAUAG